AUGGCUCCAGAGAUCAAACAUGUAGAACCAAUAGACGAUAAACCUGUUGUCAUAGACAAUGAGCUCCGCUCUAAAUCUCUGGAAAUUAUAGAGGAAUUAGUGAGUGAUGAAGCUGGAUCUGUAAAUAAUGAGCCCGAGAUAUCCCUCGACUUACCUGUGAAUGACGAACUAAAAUCCGGCAAUGAAGAAUCCAAUAUCCAACUGAAAACAUAUCCGCCUGGAUAUAUACUCCGAGCAGAAAGGGAAAAACGUCUCAGGCAAUGGGCGGUCGAUCAUGGUGAAGAUCCAGAUAAGUUCGUUACUAUUACUGAAAAAGAUAGGAAUUUAGCAUAUACAUACCAUGAUAGAUUAUGUUCGGACGCAGACAUGAUCCAAUUCGCAAAAGAUACCGAUGAUGACCCAAAUACAUUGAUGGACAUGUCUAGGCGAGAACGAUUAAUAAGUGAGGAAAUUAUGCUCCGAUUGUAUGAAGACGAUGGCAACCCCCGAGCAAGGAGUUAUGAUGAUGAGGAAUGGAUAGAAAAAAUAGCGAUACUCCAGGAAAAUGGGUAUCUUUGGUAA